CAUAUAUCCCUGCCACCGCGGCAUGCGCCACGGACUCCCCCCGUGAAUCCCGUGGGCGUCCAACCUACUUUAAGCGUGAACCUGAUCAUAAUAUGUGAAACCAAUUUAUUACCCGUCGCCGAACUCGCCGCCCUGUCAUUGUUUUUGUUUUCUUCCAGAUCAUCAUGUCUUUGGCAGAUUGCCAGCAAGAACUGCUCUUGUGCAUUGCUUCUUUCCUCAAACCCAAAGAUAUCGCUUCCUUGUGCUUGGUGUCGCGUCAAUUCAACAUCCUGCAGGAAAUCAUCUAUCAUGACAUUGAAGUGCAGCACGAAAACGUUGGUCGGCUACACCAAACGUGCAAAACAAACCCCACACUCUUCGGUGCCACAAAUCGCUUUCGCGUCACGAUGGCGUCUGGAAGAUCACCCCUGAACGUAAUCAAGCGUAUCUGCGAUAUCAUGCCUUUGAUUACUCGCGCCAAUCAUAUUGAACUUAUUGGAGGCGAGCGCCGAACCCCCCUAAAAGAGUUUUACGGCCUUUCCGUUGCACUCGAAUCCGACCCCGGUUUCCUUGCUCAGGUGCAGACCCUCGUCAUCAAUGGCACUCUUCUCGCCUUACUAUCCUGCGAAAUUCCUCAACUUCACACGCUGGAUAUACGUGAAAUGAGUUUAGAAGUAUUGGAUUCGGUGAAAACGACAGCUUUGCAUCGGGUCCACCGGCAAAGGCUCAGUAAGCUGUGUAUCGAUAUCACACAGCACUUCGCCGAUGACAGAUGGAACACGCAAUGUGAUAGACGAGUCAGAAACUUUAUCGAUGCGUUGAAUUGUUUUGGCGUGAAAGAGCUCACUUUGAGCAUUUGCAAUGAUCGAGGAGAGGUCCACGGCCAGAUCGGCGAUACCCCCCUCCUGGACAUGAACUGUAUCUUGUCAUUACGCAACCUUCUACAACAACUGCAACCAAUCGCGCACAGCCUAAAAUCACUGAAGAUCACCAAGAUACCGGUAGAAGUGCUUUUGGAAAGUGUGCACGAUGCACUGCUCAUGUUCACCUUUCUAUCACGCCUGGAAGUUCCUCUCUCUUGCUUUCGCGGUCAAGAUCGCUUGGAUGGAAUUGGCUAUGGACUCCCCAGUAGUCUCGAGGGAAUCAUUCUGUACGGGGAUGAAACAAAGGAACUCCAGAUCAUAACUGAGCGAUGCCACGAACAUAAUAUCAGUACAACAAUGAAUCGCCAGAAUCAGUUGCUGGUCACAAAUGUGGGCGAUGAAGGAAAGGUAUUGUGGGAAGCCAUUCGGAUUGCCUGUAAUGCUUUUGAAUAG